AUGAGCAACACCACUGAGUGCGACGCUGGAUGUGCUGCUACCUAUCCCGGGUCCUAUUGUAAGUACUGGCAGACACCUAGCACGUGCUUUGGCUCAAAUGAACCAUGCUCCUGCGGAACGAGUGGAACGACUGAAGCUCCCCGUAACUGUGAUGCUGGUUGUGCUUCGGAUACCCCCGGCUCCUAUUGCAAGUACUGGGCUAAACCCAGCCUCUGUCAUUCAUCCAAUGCGCCAUGCACAUGCGAGGUUGAUCCAGUUACCACUACUUCUGGUGAAACCACCGAUGAGGUCACAGAGACUCCUGUGGUUCAAGAAAGCACUACAGACGUCAUCGAGGAAACUAGUACGGCCGCUUCUAUUGCUGUUGACACCACCGAAAUAACCAGUACCGCCAUUGUAACCGAUGAAGUAGCCACCACUACUGCAGCUACCGCCACUGAUGAGAUCCCUGUUUCCACUACUGCUGAGGAGGCCACCGAUGCCUCAGCGACCACGGAUUCUCCAGUUACGGCUACCGCUGUCGCCACCACGGCCGAGGUCAUCACCGAGGCCCCGGCUACCGCUGUCGCCACCACGGCCGAGGUCACCACCGAGGCCCCGGCUACCGCUGUCGCCACCACGGCCGAGGUCAUCACCGAGGCCCCGGCUACCGCUGUCGCCACCACGGCCGAGGUCAUCACCGAGGCCCCGGCUACCGCUGUCGCCACCACGGCCGAGGUCAUCACCGAGGCCCCGGCUACCGCUGUCGCCACCACGGCCGAGGUCACCACCGAGGCCCCGGCUACCGCUGUCGCCACCACGGCCGAGGUCAUCACCGAGGCCCCGGCUACCGCUGUCGCCACCACGGCCGAGGUCAUCACCGAGGCCCCGGCUACCGCUGUCGCCACCACGGCCGAGGUCAUCACCGAGGCCCCGGCUACUACCAUUGAAGCGAUUAACGCUGAGACUACUUUCAGUCCGAGUACGUAG